AUGUCGCUAACCACCAAGAUCGAAACCCCGUCCGUCACCUACGAGCAACCUAUUGGCUUGUACAUUGACGGCCAGUGGGUGAAAGGAAAGGAGGGAAAAACUUUUGAGACCAUCAAUCCUACGAAUGAGAAGCCUAUUGUGGCAGUUCAUGAAGCUGGCCCGGAUGAUGUCGAUAUUGCUGUGUCUGCUGCACGAAAAGCCCUCAAUGGCGUCUGGGCUGAGACCCUUCCGUCAGCGCGAGGUCAAAUGCUCAUGAAGUUGGCCGACCUCUUUGACGAGCACGUUGAUACUCUUGCUGCAAUUGAAUCACUUGACAAUGGCAAGGCUCUAUCGAUGGCUAAAGUCGAUGUUGGUCUUUCGUCUGGCUGUUUGAGAUAUUAUGGUGGAUGGGCAGACAAGAUUCACGGAAAAGUUAUUGAUACUGAUCCUGAAACGUUUAACUACACUAGACAUGAGCCAGUUGGCGUCUGCGGCCAGAUUAUUCCGUGGAAUUUCCCUCUCCUGAUGUGGGCAUGGAAGAUUGGGCCUGCUUUGGCUACAGGCAACACUGUUGUCUUGAAGACUGCUGAGCAGACACCUCUGUCUGCCCUGUAUGCUGCUACUCUCUGCGAGAAAGCUGGUAUCCCAGCUGGUGUGGUAAAUAUUCUUUCUGGAUUUGGCAAGACUGCUGGUGCCGCCAUCGCUUCGCACAUGGGUAUUGAUAAGGUCGCUUUCACUGGCUCCACCGUGGUUGGCCGCACCAUCCUCCAGGCCGCUGCUAAGUCGAACCUCAAGAAGGUCACCCUUGAGCUUGGCGGCAAAUCACCAAACAUCGUCUUCAACGAUGCCAAUAUCGAAGACGCCAUAUCGUGGGUCAAUUUCGGUAUCUUCUUCAACCACGGACAAUGCUGCUCUGCUGGCUCCAGGAUCUACGUCCAGGAGGGCAUUUACGACGAAUUUAUCGAGAAAUUCAAGGCACGAACAGCAAAGAACGUUGUCGGUGAUCCAUUCGCUAAGGACACUUUCCAAGGUCCUCAAGUCAGCCAGCUACAGUAUGACCGCAUCAUGGCCUACAUCAAGGCUGGGAAGGAUGCCGGCGCUAAAGUCGAGACUGGUGGCGAACGACACGGUGACAAGGGCUAUUUCAUCCAGCCCACCAUCUUCUCUGGAGUCAGCGAUGACAUGAAGAUCAUGCAAGAAGAAAUCUUCGGUCCUGUGUGCUCCAUCAGCAAAUUUAAGACGGAAGAUGAAGCCAUCAAGGCUGGUAAUGAGACGACCUACGGUCUCGCGGCUGCAGUUCAUACCACAGAUCUCAACACUGCUAUCCGAGUCAGCAACAAGCUGAAAGCUGGAACUGUCUGGGUUAACAGUUAUAAUUUGCUGAGCCACCAGGUGCCAUUUGGUGGCUUCAAGGAGAGCGGUAUUGGACGGGAACUAGGCAAAUAUGCUCUGGCGAAUUAUACUCAGGUCAAGUCGGUGAGGAUGAGACUUGGUUCGGCUCUCUUUGGCUAA